AUGAAGUACUCUGCAGCCACACUCCUCCUUCUGGCAAGCAGUGCCUUGGCCAUUCUAAUGAGUAAUGCAAACAUGGUCCCUGGAAAGCGUGAUAUAUCUGCUACUGAAAUCCAGAGCAGCCAGGAUGAUGCGUCUGUCGACCAGAAGUUCUAUCUUGAUCCUAUCGUUGGCUGGCUUUAUGGACCCGACAAGCCCGAUCGCUUCAUGACCGAGAACAUGGACGACUAA